AUGGCCUCGUCAACAACACAGAACGGAUCAGAUUCCCUCACUGACGUGAAGAAUAGUCCUGCAAUAGCUGCCGCCAACGACCAAGCAGCAACCCACAAGAAGAUGAAUGCCUGGCAGCAGCCCGGCCCAGCGGCAUUGGACUUCCGAUCCGACACCAUUACAACCCCCAAUGCAUCAAUGCUGCACGCCAUAGCCAACACAACGCUAAUGGACGACGUCUACGUAGAAGAUUCUACGACUAACGACCUAGAAGCUCAUAUCGCUAGACUCUCCGGCCAUGAAGCCGCACUUCUGGUCAUGUCGGGUACGAUGGGCAACCAAGUCGCACUGCGAACUCACCUCUCUCAGCCACCACAUUCGGUUCUAUGCGACAUCAGAGGACACAUCUACAACUACGAAGCAGGGGGCGUAUCGUCGCUCUCCUCUGCAAUGCUGAUCGCCGUGCACCCUAAGAAUAACCACCAUCUAACGCUCGAGGACGUCGAAGCCCAUACAGUCCUCUCUACCGAUGUCCACGCCUGCCCCACAAAAGUCAUCAGCUUAGAAAACACCCUCAACGGGAUGAUAAUGCCCCUUUCCGAGGUUCAACGCAUAGCAGCAUUCGCCAGGGAGCACGACAUAAAGCUCCAUCUAGACGGCGCCCGCAUCUGGGAAGCCGUAGCCGCCAACGCCGGUACGCUAACAGAGUUCUGCUCGCCCUUCGACAGCGUAAGUAUGUGCUUUUCUAAAGGCCUCGGGGCGCCCAUAGGCAGCAUCAUCGUCGGUAAUCGCGAGUUCAUCACCCAAUCGCGACAUAUCCGCAAGAUGCUAGGUGGCGGAACAAGGCAGUCCGGCAUAAUCAGCGCCGCUGCCAGAGUUGCAGUGGACGAAGGCUUUGGACACGGUCCGCAUGGUGAAGGUGGUAAACUGCGCGCCUGCCAUGCGCGAGCGAAGCGUAUCGCUGAGAUGUGGGGAUCCAGGGGCGGCAAGCUGGCGAAUCCAACGGAGACGAAUAUGGUCUGGUUGGACCUGGCCACAGAGGGAGUUUCCGCGGCCGAGUUUGUCCAGAUCGCUAGCGAAGAAGGAUUGAAAGCUUUAAGUGGACGACUUGUCGUGCAUUAUCAAAUUACAGACGAGGCAGAAGAGAGAUUAGGCAGGGCUAUGGACAAGGUGAUGCAAAAGGCUAAACAGAAUGGCGUUAAUGGUGCGGAAAAAAGAGGGCCAGUGCAUGUCAAUGGCGACGAUCGAUAUGGGUCGAAAUAG